AUGGAGGCAGGAGUUCAUUUUGGUCAUGGUACUAGGAAAUGGAAUCCUAAAAUGGCGCCUUAUAUCUCUGCAAAGCGUAAGGGUAUUCAUAUUACAAAUCUUACUAGAACUGCUCAUUUUUUAUCAGAAGCUUGUGAUUUAGUUUUUGACGCAGCAAGUAGGGGAAAACAAUUCUUAAUUGUUGGUACCAAAAAUAAAGCAGCUGAUUCAGUAGAGUGGGCUGCAAUAAGGGCCCGGUGUCAUUAUGUUAAUAAAAAUGGCUUGGCGUAUGUUAACAAAUUGGAACUUAUCAUGAAUCCACUGAUUUCCGCCGCUUCCGUUAUUGCUGCUGGAUUGGCCGUAGGGCUUGCUUCUAUUGGACCUGGAAUUGGUCAAGGGACUGCUGCAGGUCAAGCUGUAGAGGGUAUCGCGAGACAGCCUGAGGCAGAGGGAAAAAUACGAGGUACGCUAUUGCUUAGUCUAGCUUUUAUGGAAGCUUUAACAAUUUAUGGACUGGUUGUAGCAUUAGCACUUUUAUUUGCAAAUCCUUUUGUUUAA